AUCAAAGAUGUUUCUGCCGUUCUGUGGCGCCUUUGCAGAUUAUGAUGCUGCUGUUAAAAUCUUCUUAAAUUCUGCAAAAAUUUGGUCUCCGUGAUUAAGUGAUGUGUUGAACCCGACUUUGUGAAACACGUGUCCAAAAAGAAGGGAUUGAUUUCCAGUACUGAACAUUGGUAAUCGUUCUGCAAAAUGCUAACAUUCAAAGCAAUCAGUCAACUUGAAGUUGAACUUGGUUUUCGUGCAGUUUCAAUGUGUGCGUGUCGAUUGCACCAGUGCACGCCGCAUGAGAUGGACGAGGGGAAAGUGCAACAAAACAAUGGACAAAACCAGCUGGCUGCAGUCCUUAAUUCAGACCCAGAGGACCUCAGAAUGAUCAAGAGAAGAAAACGAAGGAGACAGCAAAAGGAAGACGAGAGUAUUUUUGCAAAAUGUGGACUUCUGCAGUUAGAAAACACAACAAGGGACGAACUUGAAAAAGAGAUUUCAAAUAGCAAGGUUUAUGAUCAUGAUGGCAUCAUUGCCUUGAACAAACCAGCUGGUGUCCCAGUGACGGGGACCAGUCAAGAUCGCGGAAAUAUUGCUGAUAUCCUCCCGCAAGUAGCUGAAUCUAUCGGCAAACCAGCAGCGGAGAUUGCAAAAGCUGCUGAUAGAUACUCCUCAGGGCUCCUCCUUCUAGGUGAAUGCAAGCAGACAGCCACAGCUUUAAAUGAUACAUUCCUGAAGGCACGACGUAGAAAUCAACUCAUUAGGAAAUACUGGGCUCUGACUGUUGGGAUACCAUCACCAGUUCAAGGAACCAUUGACAUUCCAAUCGGUUCAGAGAAGAUUGGAGAUCACACAUUGAUGCUACCCAGAAGACAUGCAUCUAAGGGCAACUUUGAACACAAGGAUGUGGUUCCCUGCAGGACGGACUACCAGUUAUUGUCAGCCAAUCAAGACUUAAACUGCUCCCUACUGGAACUACAGCCACUGAAACUGCAGAAAUUACAGUUUCAAGUGCAUCUUAGCAACAAGCUUUGCAGUAUCCUUGGCGACCGAUUGUACUCCAAUCAGAUCCAAGAUAUCCUCGGGGUACCAGUCUUGGUGGAUCCACACCAGGCAGCCAUAGGGACACAGAACAUCCCAGCAGCCAUACAGAAAGCGCUUGGUUUGAGAGCAUGGCACAUGGCACGGUUACCGUUGUUUCUUCACUGGUACCAAGUCACCCUCCCGUCAUGGCGGAAUAAGAAGGAUGUCUCGAUCAAAGCCGCACCCCCUGGCUACUUCAUUGAGGCAUUGCAACGACUUGGCCUGUACAGUCAAGAAGUGCAAGAGAACAUAAUGAAUGAUGGUGUAUAGCAACGGUAAUGGGCUGUUCAGGAUUCGGCCAUAAGCCCCGCCCACCGCAGUCACCUGACGAAAAGUCGUGAUCUAAUUGGUCAAUGUGCACUGUUUGAUUGAUGGGCAGGAAGGGUACAAAUAGGUCUCUCUCAAAUGAUGUCACAUCCUACACAUUGUCACGUGCAUCGGCAUUUUGGGAGUCAAAUUUUCGUGACGUACAUCGGCUACGCCAUAUUUCGAAGCAAUUUUGAGCAACAUUUUGCACACUGCACACGCGCACACAGUUAAGUACUUUUACUUCAAACUAAAAAUUAAAGAUUGUAAACAUGUAAUGUGUGAAUUGAAGCAACAUGUAACUUAUGUCACUAACAUUGGCUACACAUCCAAUUAUAACCCAAAUAGCAUCAUGACAGCGCCCUCAUGGGUUCAGGAAUAACGCCUAUUAGUACAUUGCCCAGGACAAAACAACCAACCAUACAGUAUUCAUAAGGACACAUUUCCAUGGCACUCUCACGUGCACGAUUGCUUCUUUUUUCCCAGGUCAUUGUCAAUACAGUAAUGGGGCACGUUCCAAGCCUAGUAUGAAUGUAUUGCACAAGCAUAAAGUGGUAUUCUUACACUGUAGGCCUAUAUACCUGCAUAAUUCAGUGAAUUCAUUAUUUCUGCUAAAUGGUUAGUGUUUUUUUGCUGGUACUUGUCCAUUUUGUUAUCGUCAGGGGAAUUUUUGUCUUUAAUGUCUGUUAGCUCCGAAAGUUAUUAAAAAAAACUGUGGUAAUUAUUCCAUCACAAAACUACAGUUGCUAGUUGAGGACUUGGAGUCGACAAUGAAUUCAUUUUGUGCUGAUGUACACGUGAUUUGUUUGGCAUUAACCACCAUGCUGAAUUGGUAAUUGCAAAACCGAGACUAUGGCCUAUGUAGACAUUAGAACCGUUGUUAAUCACUAACCAUGGCAUUAUCAUUUGACAUCGUAAAAUGGCUUAGUAAUUACUAUUUUCUCUACUGGUUCUUUUUCUGAAAAUAAUUAUCAUUUGUGUGUAAAAUGUGAACACUACAUGAACAUGUACACUGUGGAGUAUUCAAAAAGCUAGAAUUGAAAUACAUGUAACACAGAACGAUAUCUGUAAUGACCAACUGUGUGUAAUUUCAAAUAUUCUUGAGCGACAGUGUGCGCAUAUUCACAACAUUUCACAGGAAAUAGCUGCAGUUGUUUUGAUUUGUCAUCAACAGUUAUUGUUGGAGAUGAAGGUCGUGAAGUGAAUUUAGGAUCGUCAUAAAUGAGAGACGGGCAUUUCAAAACAAAACUCUCUAGUUCUACCUACAUGUGCCCAGGCUUGAUAAGAGAACGCUUGACACAGAAUAAAGACACAGUUGUACACAGGUUGUAUGUGGUUCCAUUGUAUUUGAAAUGUUCUACUGCUACACUUGUUUUUCUUCACAAAUUGACAAAUUACGUGAUCAUAUUAAACAAGACUAUAACGGA